AACUAAAAGCGAAAAAAAAGUUAAUUUCCAACAAAUUCCAAUUUUUGUUAAAAAUUGAUCAUUAAAAAUUGAUGAAACAAUGUUAGAUCCAUUAAAAUUAAAUUAUCUUAUAAUCCAUGAAAAGAGUCCAUAAAACACAUGACUGUUUACUAGAAGGAGUGGGGAUUAAAGCACCAAUAGCGGUCCAACAGUGCUGUAUAAAUGCUACCCUCGGCAGGUGAAACCGUAUCAUUCCGAAUUUAGCAGUCACACCGACAACAUGACUGGUCGCGGGAAAGGAGGAAAAGGUUUGGGUAAAGGAGGCGCCAAGCGUCACAGGAAGGUGCUCCGUGACAACAUCCAGGGUAUCACCAAACCCGCUAUCCGUCGUCUCGCCAGACGUGGAGGAGUCAAGCGUAUCUCAGGUCUCAUCUACGAAGAGACUCGUGGUGUGUUGAAAGUCUUCUUGGAAAACGUUAUCAGAGACGCUGUCACUUACACCGAGCACGCUAAGAGGAAGACCGUCACUGCUAUGGACGUAGUCUACGCCUUGAAAAGACAAGGACGUACACUGUACGGUUUCGGAGGUUAAGCCUUUUUCUUCUGCCUUUCUAUCUUUCAACGGCCCUUUUCAGGGCCAC